AUGUCGACGAUCACUACCAAGCUUGCCGAGAUUGGGAUCCCUGUCAGCCGCAAGGAUUGGCCGUCCGCCGCGCCAUGCAACGAGCUGUACCGCUUCAACUCGAGGGACAGUCAGCAAUUCGAGACGUCGAUGCCUCCCCGGGCCCGAUCCAUGGAGUACACAACGGGUCGCAGGUUCAUCCUCGGCAAUCGCCACUCUCAGCCCGUUCCCUACGUUCUCUCCCUGAUAUCCAAUCUCUUGGUGGAGCAACGUGACCCAGAUGCGAGCUCUACCGACACGGUCACAGCCUUCCCGCAGAUCACAGCCUACAUCUGUGAGAAAAGGAACGACCCCAGAUCCGAGUCCCAAACCGCGGCGAUCCUCGCCGACGCCGCGGUGUCUUGCUUCACGGACGCCACGUACGGAAGCGGAUACGGUCAAGAACCCAUCAUCAUUCCCCAUACCAAGCAAGCCAUGCUGGACGAGCUCCACAAGCUUGACAAGUUUGCCGAAGCGAUUACGCUACGAGCUCGAGAGCUCGAUCCUCGGAGGGUGGCCGGCGAAGAGAUCUGCUACUUUGACAGCGCCAACCCUGAUCACUGGUCCGAUGCUUUAUCCCUAUUCGCGGACUUCGAUACCAAAGUUUACCAUGCGCAUCGUUUCUCGUUCAAGGACCCAACCCUCACUGUGGGUAUCUUGGACGACCACGGGAAGCUCAGAUUCACUGCCUCGAUCCGUCACCGUCCCAGUCCGCAGAUCGAUGUGGCAGACUCGUUUGUGGUCGAUGUCAGUGGCGGCGAACCGGCCGUGCAGGAGGUCAUCGCGAGGUUGCUGGAUGAAGAGAACAGCAAAGCCGUGACCACAAGCGCCAUACAGUCAGUUGCCGACUUUGCUGCCGAUUGCGCUAUAGAAGCGAGACUUCAAUCAGCUCUUGCUUCCCAGCCGCUUGGAGGUCGACUGCUGCAAGCAAUGCCAACCGCAGCGGAUCUGCCAGCAUGGAAUGAGCGAUCACCUUACAACAUUCCCUUCGACUUGAUGCCACAAGGCACCCAGAUCCUGACCGAAACGCUGUGCACCCUUCUGAACCGCAGGUGGGCCGCCAACACAGCCUUGACCACUCUUUCUUCCCCAAAUGCGAACGACUUGCGAUGGGGUGUCAGAAAACUGGUCCUCGCUGCGAGGGCAGAGGAACACGGUGCAGCGGCGCAUGGAACAGAGUCAAUGGUGGGAACGGCCGAUCAGGCGAAAUGA